AUGAUGCACUUCGCUCUCAGAGGCACCGCGGCCGUGGGGAGGAGGAAGACCGCGCACGCCCGGUCGGCGAGUCAUCCGUGCCACUGCCAGUGCCACCCCGUCCACACGCGCCUCGAUGCCGGCGUCCGCGCGCUCAGGGCAUGGUCGGCCUCCGCCGAGGACGGGCCUUCGGGGCUCGCGCACGUGGAGGCCGUCCUGGCCGUGCUCGGCGAGUUCCUUGCCCUGCCGCAGGCCGCGGCUGCCCUCCGUGACGACGCAGCCGCCUGCGACCGGUUCCUCACGCUCGCCGACGCGUACGGCUCGUUCGAGCAGGCGCUGCUCGCGCUCAAGCAGAGCGUCGCGCAGCUGCGGGCGGGCGUCCGGCUCGGGGACGGCACGAUGGUCGCCGCGUCGCUCCGGGCACGCAGGCGCGCAGAGAAGGAGCUGUGCGGCCUCGCCGCGGCGAUGCGGCACGCCUCAAGGCACGCCAUGCUGGCGCCGGCGGAUGCCGCGGACGGCGAGGUCACCGGCGUGGUGGCGGAGGCGGCCGCGGCCACGGCGUCGGCGUCGGAGGCCAUCUUCCUGUGGUGUGCGGCAAUGUCCCCGGACGUAUCGGCAGUGGUCCAGACGGUGCCCGUGAACGCAUGGCUGGCGAGGCUGCGGGUCGUGCAUGUGGCCAAGAAGGCAGUGUCACUGCCAGAGACGGCGGCGGCGUUGGAGAGGCUUGAGGAACGCAUUGGCGAGCUCGAGAGCGGGAGCGAGAAGGUGUUUAGUAGCCUGCUUCAGGCUAGAGUUUCACUGCUGAACAUCCAUAAUACCUUGUAGCCAAAGAUUCAAGAGGACAUAGUGAAUCUGUACGUAGCGUUGCACAGUGUUACACGUUGUUUCAGUUGGCAUUCUCAUGAACUUAUGCUUGCUGCACAA